CACGUUCUCCCAGGAAGUUAAGCUAUCAGCUGAUCCCGCUGGCUGUUGUUGAUGUCUGAAGUUGCUGUUGUUAGUGCGGACGCUGCAUCUCUCGUCCCUUUUGACAUUAACGGACGAGGACCGAGAAACAGAUACGGCAGCGGGGUUUUUACCGGGCAAAGGGAAGCUUUAUAUCGGUGGCUUUCUGAACGCGCGCGGCAGCAGCGGAGCUAGCUUCUGAGUCGAAGAGAGAAAAACAGCAGCGAUAGCCUUCGGCGUCUCUUUGUUUCAGUCCUAGGCAGAAUAAUAACUUCCUAUCGCGUUACUUAAGUGUUUUCUCCUAUAUUUAGGUUAUUUAUAUUUAACGCUAUAAACGAUAACAAGCACACUGUUGAGUUAGCUAAUUGGUUGGCUAACCUUAGCUUGUUGCUCAGAUUAAGACAUUUUUAGUUUUUUUGUUUCUUUCGUAACUGUCCGACAUUCACAGAAAGGAAACAUAACGGCACCUUUGUAAGGGAAUAAUUAUCAGUAUUCAUAUGUGUUAAUUGUAACAGCAAACAUUGUUGUGUAUCGUUCCUGAACAAGUUGAACUUACCACGGUUUUGCAGCGUAGGUCAGGUUGUUUUUAUUGAUUUUUAGAGAUCAUAAACAAGUCGGUUAACUGAUAGUGUGUUUUAGGUUUGCUGGCAGGUUGCGUCAUUUGUUUUCAGUAAGCUGUCAGCCCGUGUUGGUUGUUUUGAAGAUUCAAAACAAAAACAGCAAAGUUUUCAAAACACUUUUUAUACCUCUUCUUUUUGUCUGAUCCAGGACGUAUAUAAUGAGAUAAGGAAAUACCUAUUUUGAUGCUCAUGGUUUUUGCAGCUUAAAAAAAAGAGAGAAGUUGCACGUUAUGAUUUAAACAAAACAAACAAAAAAAGCUGAAAUUGUAAUUUAGGUAGAGCCAGUAGAAACAGAGGCAGGGUCCCACAGUGUCUUGAGGUGAGGUCAGCGGCCCCCCACUACUUGCCAAUGCUGGAUCUGGAGGUGGUGCCUGAGAGAUCACUAGGAAAUGAACAAUGGGAAUUCGCCUUAGGGAUGCCAUUUUCCCAGGCCAUCUCUAUCCUCCAGAAACACUGCCGUAUAAUCAAAAAUGUCCAGGUGCUAUACAGCGAACAGACACCACUCAGCCAUGACCUCAUACUGAACCUGACUCAGGAUGGGAUUAAACUGCUGUUUGAUGCCACCAAUCAGAGACUCAAGGUGAUUGAAGUGUACGACCUGAGCAAAGUCAAAUUGAAGUACUGUGGAGUCCACUUCAACUCUCAGGCAAUCGCCCCCACAAUAGAGCAAAUAGACCAGUCUUUUGGGGCUACACACCCUGGAGUUUAUAAUCCUGCAGAGCAGUUGUUCCAUCUCAACUUUCGAGGACUUUCCUUCUCCUUUCAACUGGACUCGUGGAAUGAAGCUCCAAAAUAUGAGAUUCCACAUGGAGCCAUGGUCAAAAGGAUGCACAUCUACACCGGCAACAACCUGCAAGAAACAAAAGCUCCUGCGAUGCCACUGGCUUGUUUCAUGGGCAACAUCUUUGCAGAGUGUGUGGACGUCCUAAGAGAUGGGGCGGGUCCUCUGGGGCUCAAACUCCGCCUUCUCACAGCAGGUUCUGGGCUCAGCGUGAUGGCUGAUUCUAAAGUCCGGUAUCUGGAGAGGAGCAUAUUCUUUGGAGACUCCUGUCAGGAUGUUCUCGGAGCUCUGGGCUCACCACAUAAAAUCUUCUACAAAUCUGAGGACAAGAUGAAGAUUCAUUCUCCAUCCCCUCACAAGCAGGUUCCCUCUAAAUGUAACGACUACUUCUUCAACUACUUCACCCUGGGAGUGGACAUCCUUUUUGACUCGACGACUCACCUGGUUAAGAAGUUUGUUCUUCAUACCAACUACCCUGGCCAUUACAACUUUAACAUAUACCAUCGAUGUGACUUUAAGAUCCCACUCGUCAUUAAAAAAGAAGGAGCUGAUUCUCAGACAGAGGAAUGCAUCUUAACAACCUACAGUAAGUGGGAUCAGAUUCAGGAACUGCUGGGUCAUCCUAUGGAAAAACCAGUCGUCCUUCACAGGUCUUCAUCAGCCAACAACACAAACCCGUUUGGUUCGACUUUCUGCUUUGGACUGCAGAGGAUGAUUUUUGAGGUGAUGCAGAAUAACCACAUAGCAUCAGUGACCCUCUAUGGAGCUCCACGGACCACUAGUCAAGCCCGACCCGAGUCCAGCGCUAGUUCCCAUUGAACAAGUAACCAGAACCACAUCUCAUUUUGGCCGACCCAAACUGAAUUUGCUGAAGGAAUCGGAACCAAAACCAGAUUUCUACCUGAGCAGGUCUGACAGAAUCACUAUAACCGAGCUCAGGUGCUUCAAAGUGGAUGGAUAAACAGGGGAACGAGACCUGCUGCCUCUUGUUUGGUACCAGGAUUCCUUCCUUAUGGCCCGGCUGAGCUACGGUCCUGCUGUUGGACCUUCUAGCAAUCUUUGAAAAGAAAACUGUAAAAUCUUUACCCUAAUUAAGCUCAGUUAAUUCUCACUCAUCCCAUGAGCCCAGAACCACAGAGACUUCUCUGCUGUAAGAUAUGAAGAAUGUCAUCCCAUCGUGAGGUGAUUCAUCGAAAUCUGCUGCAAGCAAACAUAAUACAACCAACAGAACUACGUCAGCCAACCACACUGCCAUCCUGGUCGGUCCUGCUCGUCUUCCUACUUCAAGACUGCUUCAAACUGGGCCCAGCCUAACCCGUCCAAUCCUGCACCGUGAGCCCAAACACACUUUAAGCUAAGCAUCCCUUUCUGUCAUUAUUGAGGAGGUUCGAACACACCCAGCCAAGCCUGAGAAAGUCUCUUCUUCAAGCAGAACCAUCCAGACACCAAUUAUCAUUUCCAUUUUUGUCCACCUUCACUUCUCUGUUGUGACCAGAAAUGCUCACAAAACACGUCCUUCAGCCCUUUGGAGAUUUCCCCAUUGUCAAUCACAACAAUUCGUCUCCAAAUAUUUGUCUCCGCAAGGUCGUUUUUUUAUAUUUCAACAGACUUUCAUUCCAGAAUUCACAUCAUUUCAUCCAUUACGCUCAUGUCUCUGAUAAAACAACGGCUGGUCUAGUAUUUUAAACACGAUGCCCCAGGACCUGCUUGACUUACCGAGAAGCAACCUACAAAAAGCACAACAAGAAGUGCUCUUGCUUUGUUUGGCCGAUUUCAAAAAAAUCUACCUGCAUGUUCUCUCUGGGCGAAAUAGUCCGAUUUUUCAUCACCAUGAAAACCGUUUUCAUUGUGUAAUAAUUUAUUGUGAUUCUUUUUUUUUUUUUUUUACAUUUUGCACUAAUACACAGGUUUUUACUUGAUCGUGCCCCAUCCUUUGAGAUGGAUAUGUAUUGAAGAGAGGGAUGAUGUUGAGUGAGUGGAUGACUGUGUGUUACCUCCAUGCUCUGCAGCAGAGGAGUCAUGGUUUGUUACGUUUUCUUCAGUGCUUUCUUUCCUCUUUCUCGCAUCUUAUUGAGUUUCAUUUUAUCCAUCUGUUCUCUCUGCAUUUAUCUCUUUUGUUAGUUGCCAAAUGCUAAAGCCAAAGACCUUUUAGGAUGUUUUCAUUUGCUCUGUAUAUUUUCUCGUUUAAGAUUGCCUGCAGUCUCAAAUAUGACUAAUUCCAUCCUUUUUGAAGAUGUUGUGGUAUAGCUUUUAGGUUCACGUCCCUGUCGGUGCUGACAGUGAUUGUUGAACACGAGCAGCCGCCGUUCUGCUAAUCUGUUUCUGAUGAGACCGUCAUAUUUAAUGUCAGCUCAUACUGUGGUGAACGUCCUCAAUGAACUGUGACUUAGUGAGCAGCCGUUCUGUCUGUGGUCGUACACCCCGCUUUGUUUUUUUCUUGGGAAUGUAGGAAAGCAUCAGUCAUAUCUUUGUCAACUCCCUCCCCAUCGUGUACAUUUACAUUGUUUUUAAUUACAAACCAACUAAUAAACUGCAUUUAUUUUAAUAGACAAACUGUCAUUGUUCUUGAUAACAAAAGUUUUUGUUUUUGCAGUUUUGCUAAAUGUUUGGGUCAAAACUGCCUUUAAAGAAUCCACAACCCCUUAGACUUUUUACAUUUUGUUACAACUGUAGACCUAACAUUCUUCUACACGUACUUCUACAUUUUCUUUUUGCAGGUAGCACAUUCUUACAGACUUAAUUUCUUCAACGAGCUUUUAACUCUUCCACGGUUAGCAGAUAUUUCCAGUGCAGAUUCUUCUACCUGAGCUGUAGCUCUCUGCAGCUCCCCCAGAGUAAUAUCUCCAUGUCUUUUUCAGUCUCUACCUGGUUUCUUGUUAGAAGAUGUUACUUGUUCAUUUUGUAACCUUCAAAUGUAUUUUUGAUUACUCUGGGCUUUUUUUGUUGGGGCUGUAUGCAAAUUUGUUUUUGUUUUUUAUUGAAAAUUAACUUUUAAAAAUACACCUUCCGUUUUCCACUUUUCAGUUAUCCUUACGUUUUUCUCCCGUCAAAUCCAGUCUAAAAUGCUAGAAUGUUGUGGUUUUACUGUGACAACAUUAGGAAAAAAAGAUCAAGUGGUGUUUUUAAAAUGACACUGAACAAACUAAUUAAAUGUUUUUUUGUUUUCCAUUCAAUACUUCUAUGAUCUAAGACCUCUAAGGGAUGCAUGCUUCUCAUCAGCACUGAAUGAACCGAUAGGUUUUGUUUCAAGUAGCAGGAAAGUGUUUUAAGUACAGAGAACAUCAGGUUUAGUCAUUUUGUUUAUUUUUUAUUUUUUUUUUUUCCGGGGGAAGCUGAUACUGAUGUAUAAAUGCUGUAAAUAGCUCUUCAUGGUAUCCUCUUUAUUAUGGCUUGGAUUCUUUGCCUCUAUAUUGUGAAGAAAGUUCAAAAACAGAGUUUAUGUUGAUUCUGUACUUAUUCCGGGGUGAUUUCAGAAAAUCCAAACCAGUCAGCAUUGAUCUUUGUGGACAAUAGAGGGACGUUUUUAAGAAGCACAUAAACUCUUAAUUUACACUUCAAUGCUCUGCUGGACAGUUAGAUUCUUUCCCCCUGUGGCUCAGCCUUCAUCUGGAUGAAGGGAUGAGCUCGGAAGUUCAGGUUCUCUGUUUUCAUCAGCCUUGAUAAACUCUUUUUGUUCUGAAAAGCUAAAUGUUUCUAACAUAUCUCCUGGGGUUCCUAAGCUUCCCAGAAUUUAAGGUUGCUCUGAUUUUUCGCCUACUGUUCGAAGCUGUCAACAAUGUUCUGCGUAUUGUUCCCACUACUUGCUUCAGUGGAAGAAAAUGUAUUUUAAGUCAAAGAAAAAACAAACAAACAUUGUGCCUCACCUCCCACUGAGCCCGUCUUUAAAUUGGGUGACUUUUUGCCUCUGUAAAAUAGUUAUCUGUGGUACAUACAGUGGGGGAAUGCUUUUUAAUUGCAUUGUUUUGUGUGUCUUUUUAUUGAGCAUUACAAACCUGCUGCAGCACCUGAUGUCUGUUUUGUUUUGUUGGUUUUCUCCUAUCUGCAAAUAGUCCUAGCUUGUUGAUCUUUUUUUAAUGGGUUUAUUUUCUUUGUUUUUAUUUAGCAUAUGCAUUUAUAAUCGUUUGUUGAAACCUAGGGGUAAAUUUUAGUUUGAUUAAAAAAAACAAUAAUAAAAGAAAAAAAUGCAGAUUCUAAAACGGACAGAAAGGCAGCCUCCAUGUCAUAAUUUCAGGUUCUGUUCUUUUUUAUUUUAUUCCUAGAGAAUUUGCAGCAAAAAUCAAAUAUUUAGAAGAAUCAAAUAUUUGGUUAUUAAUUAAUUAACAUUCAUGAUUCAUUUUAAUUGCAAAACCACCAAAAUAUAACCUUGUUUUAUUUAUUAAAACACCUUUUCUAGCUGAGGAAAAACACCCCACCCACUAAUAUCUUGUUUUCCCAUUUAGCUUAAAUUGUAGUUCAGUACUUUGUGUAUCUGUCUACCAUCUCAGCGGUCUGAGGAACCUUCUUCUAUCAAAAAAAUCUGCUCUUUCACUCUCAGUUGGAUACUGCUAGUUUUACUCUCAUUCUUUGGUUCUGAAGUACCACUGCGCUGUGUGGUUUAUGCAUCUCCUUGCUGCCAAACACCUGACAUAUUUAAAGGAAUGAUUGAAUCAGGGUUGAGGACCUUUGGUUUGGACCAUUAGGGUUGCAUGGUUGAGUUCUGCUUUAGCUUAAAUGCUCUCCCAUUUUUCUCAAACACUCCCUGUUAUCCGGUAGAAUUUCUGGUGGUUCUGUGGCCAAAUCCUACCAAGUUCUUUCCUUCCUAGUGCAUUUAUGGAAAUAUCACAUGUUAAAACAGUAUAAACCACCUUUAAAAAAUGCUGGGUCAUAUUCUAGUCAUGCACCUGAUGUAAUAGACCUGUGCGAGAUCUUUUUAAGAAGGAUUAAAAUUAGGCUGUUUUGCUUUCUUCCUUUUAUAAAGCAAAGGAAGAAGGCAAAACAUUAAGUUUAAUGUUUUAUUACAUUAAACUUAAUUUCUAAAGUUUUUUUUUCCGUAAAUUCAUAAUGAAGACUUUCAUUGACUUCAGUGUUUUAUGGUUAUUUAUUCAUUACAGUUUGGCGGCAUAAAGAAAGUGUAAAACAGAUUAAAAAAAGAUAGAUGUAGGAGCCCACCGCUUCAGAUGUUUGUUUCUUUGGGGAAGCUUUUGUAGGAGACAAUUUAUGUAAUACCCUACUUUAGCCACUAGGUUCGCUAUUUGUGUUGGGGAUUUUUUUGUUGUUGUUGUUCAGGCAGCAGAUGUUAAUGGUCUGUAGAAGCAAACAGCUUUUAACUGAAAUGGAAAAGACUGAGCCAACGCUUUAAAAUCUUCAUGCUGAAUCAGUGAGAUUUACUGUGUAGCAGUUAGAUAAUGACUUGGGCAUCAGUGCGUAAAACAACGGCCCCUGGAAUAAAAACUAAUCUUGAGGUAUUUAGAUGGACACAUUUUCUAACUCAUUUCUAAUUAGCAUUACUGUUUAAAUGCAACCAGAAGUCGUAUUUCUCCAAGCAGCUGUACCAUCAUACAAACUGCAGUUGCUGUAUAGAACAGAAUAGUCACAAUGAAAAAAAAUCUGUAUUUAACAUGUGAGAGCAAUGUUGAUGUUUCCCCUUGAAAGGGUCACAUUUAGCCAGUACUAAUAUGCUAAAAUGAACAAAGUUAAAAAAUACUGUUAUGCACUCUGUCAUUCAUUUUGCUCAGACAUAUUAGUCCAAUUAUCAGCAGGUUAUUUCACCAACAGGGUCAAAACUAAGUUGCCACGAGAGGACAUUCAUUAGAACAACUUUCACAGUGGGCUUGGAAGGCUAUCUGCAAGGUUUGCAGCAGUAAUCUCUCAUCAUUCCAUCAUCAUUUUCCCUGCUUGUUCCUCAGCCUUGGGGUUUUCCUUCUCUUUAAGCUAAAAUUAGGUUUCAUAAACUAUGUUUUCUUCAGGAAGAAGCUACUUUUGGGGGAAAUCUUCCUUCAUCUUCCCUCAUUUUUUCCCCACAAAUGUUACCUGCUUAUCUUUGGAAAUGGUAAGAGUGUUCACUCACAUACAGCUACUGAUUAAUUUGGUAUAUUCCCAAUGGGAAAUCAGCCCUGCUCCUUUUCUGGUCAACACCUCAUGAAUCCUUUUGAACACUCUUACCUGUAACCUCAAACUUUCCUACCUUGUAUAAACAUAAAAAAUCCCAACACAAAUUAUGACACCUUGAGCCUUCAAAAAAAAAAAAAAAA